GUUGAGCGAGUCAGACACAACAGAGAGCUCUCCACUUCGCUCAGCUCUGGGGAAAAAACUCCGUACAACCCUCAACUCUCGGAUACUCUUGUCGGAUCCCCUUCAUGUCCACAGCAAGAUGACACGACAGCUAUGCCUUGCUGCAUUGACAUUGUUACUGUUGCACUUUGCGGUAUCUCAGGAAUUGCUUCAGCGUCAAGAGAGGCGAGCACGUCAACAGAAAGCUUUGAAGCAAAUACCAGGCUGUGACUGGCAGUUGUCAGAAUGUAACCCCAAAAAGGGUAGGUGUGGGAAAGGGUUCCAAACAGCCACCCUUACUGGAUCAGGGUGUCCCUCCAAGACCAAAAAGGUACGAUGCAAAAUUCCGUGUCGGGAGGAAGUUCGUGGACCAAUCACAGGCCUGUCUCCGAGUGAGGCUGGUCUGAGGGGAGAAGCUGUCAGCUCAAGUGUUUCAACCAUUAACAGCAACAACAAGAACAGGAAGAAUAAAGACCAAAAAUGCCGGUACAGUAAAGGUGACUGGAGCCCAUGCAACCCUGAAACACAGAAAAUAACGCGAACGCUCACACUGAAACGCGGGGAUGCCAGUGUUUGCCCACCAACUAAAGAAAUUGUUAAGAAGUGUAGAAAAGAAUGUAAGUAUGGAAAGGGAGCAUGGUCAGAGUGUAAUCCUAUCACGGGUUACAAGACCCGGACAGCAACCCUGAAGAAGGGCGACACCAGUAAAUGUAAGCCCACCAAAACAGUGAGUCGGCGCUGUAAGAAAGGGCAAGCAGGGCAAGAAGAAGAGGAAGAACAAGGUUGGAAGAGCCAAAGGUUGUAAGUACACCCGUGCUGAUUGGUCUGAGUGUGAUGUGGCCACAAACUCACGUACCAGAGUGCUGACAUUAAGGAAGGGUGACCCCAACAGAUGUCAGCCCACCAUCACUAUUAAGAGGAAGUGCAAGAAAGCAUGCAAAUACACCCGUGGUGAUUGGUCGCCCUGUAACCCGGUCACAAACCAGAGGUUACGCACGCUUACGCUACGGAAAGGGGAUUCAACCACCUGCGAAAUUACAAAGUUGUGACCAGGAAAUGCAAAAAACCAUGUCGUUACACUCGUGGUCAGUGGUCUGAGUGUGAUGCGGACACGUUUGAUGAAGACACGGGUUGACCAGCUGAAGACGGAUAACAGUGAAACAGUGGUGUGACCAGACAA